UAGGGAGAGGGAGGAGACUGCAAGGAUCGAAUAACUGGGAAACGUUGAGAAUGUAUCAAAGUGACUUAACCCCGAAAAUAGUGAGCUCAAGAUUAUAGAGCCACAUAUAUAUUAAAAGUUUAUAAUAAUAGAAAGUGAUAUUUUCAUUCAGCGAUAUAAAAGCUUUUAAAAAACAAAUCCAUUAUGGAUGUACAUAAUUUUGACACUGCGAGUAUCUUAUUCCAAGAACCCAAUAGUCAUAUUCUCAAUCGGUUGUUGCACUUAUGCGCGGACGAAAUAUGCGGAUAUCCUGGUCCAACGUAUCAACAAUUCGUAAAUGACAUCGAUUGGACGGAGAACGAAUAUAAUAGCGCGUACAACCUCUUUUCAACGAUAUUGAGAACCCCUGAUGCAUUGUAUUUGGAUGAAAACAAAAUGCCUCGGUAUUUCCACGAUUUGCUGGAACAAGUGCAGCACAAAGUAAUGAGCUGUCUCAAAGUCAGGCAGGAACAUUUGACUGCUGCCCUCUUGAGGGAUUAUUCAAAAAAACACGGCCCCACAAUGACUGACUUCGAUUAUAGACUGAUGCUUGUCAUGGGUUCGAGUAAACUGGCAUCACUGAGGGAACCACUACUGGAACUGGAUUUAAUAAUCGAGCAUAAGAAGGAUAAAAGGAUUUUGGGCCUGGAAAUGAAUAGAGACGAAUUGGAUUCGUUAAUAAACGUUCUGGAAUCGACUGAUCGUUGAAUCAAUUCACACGGUGAAGUGGAAUGAAAAGAAAAAUCGAAUAAGAAGUAAAAAACAUGAAAUAAAAACCACGUAAUUAACAAA